AUGAAGCGGGCUGGCUUCUACUUAAUUGUCCUCCUUGGACUUGUAGAGCAUGGUGUAGCCAUCAUGUGUUAUGAAUGUAACAGCGCCCUCAACUCAAUGUGUUCGGCCCCUGUUCUUCCUGAUAGUCUGAAGAAGAACUGCUCAGACCUGGACAGAGGAGUCACUCACACGCUGUGCAGGAAGAUAAUUCAGCACGUGGACUAUGAGACUAAUGGACAAAUGCCCAUGAGCAGAGUUAUUAGGAGUUGUGGUUGGGAUGAGAGUCGGAUCUUGAGCCAAAUGCAAGAAUAUGGUGGUGACAAAACAAAUGAGCAUCGCGAUAUCGCUGAAGGAAGGGAAAGAACACAAGAAGGCUUCCACGGAAAGCAUCAGUACCCCGUAACACAGAAAAACUAUGGUUUAAAGGAAGGUGAGGUAAAGGUAACCUAUGGCCGAGUAGCUUCUGGAGUUUAUGAAAGCACUUCCAGCCAGCAAUAUCACAAUACACGGAAUAAUAACUCGUCAUUGCCCACAUUCAGCUCACCGCCUCAUUCGCCUCUGGUGGGUGUGGUGUUUAAUCCCUCGUCUCCCAACUACAGCCGAUCGACAAUGACCGAACAUACAAACUCUGACAGACGGUCGCAAAGCUCAUGGUCUGUCUCUAAUCAAGAACCCAUAGGCACUGGCGCUAGAAAGAAAAUUGUGAAGAGUCACGAAAAGCGAAACUUUAGCAGUGCCGAUCCCCGUUUUCAUGAGAGGUACAAAGAUUCCAGCACCGAAAUCGAAUCAAGAAAACUAGAUCGUAAUUUAAGAGCCGAUUCGACGACGAGCUUAGACUUCUUUGCUGAAGGUGAGAGAAUGGUGUCUGAACUUUGUAAUAUACCAGAUCCUAAUGCAAAAAGUGACCCGAAAAAUUCAAAAACCUACCAGCAAGAUGAAGAUAAGAAUAAAUCUAGCGGAUCUUCGGAUAUACUAUUGACAGCUCUAGAUAAACUUAUUAUACACGAUCAAAUUCCAUUACAAAUCGUUCAACUCGCUAUAGAGGCGUGUACUGACGCCGAGAAUAUAGCGAUCGCUCAUCAUAAUCGACCUUGUUUUAAAAAUAUACAUUCAAUUUGUGCGAAAACUCGUUCAAAUGUGCAAAAACCAGAUAGUGCUGUAGCCAACUUACACUCUCAAGGCAUCCCUUGGGUUAUCAAAAACUUUAUAUUCUCUUUCGUUAGAAUCUUAGAUGGCUGGAAAGGUGUAAAAGAAUUGCUCAGCGAGAAGCAUGACACUUUUUCCAGAAUCGAAAAUAAGUAUUACAGUCCAAAUAUUAGAGAGUGCUUUGUUCAAUGGCAGGCGAUUACAAAGGAAAUGUUAACGCAUAUUUAUAAAACCUUUAAGUGUCUCGAUCAAGGUUUUACCAUGGAGCAAAAGAGUUUUACCCAUAACUAUUACGCAACUAACUCGGCAGCUCCGCGCCAUCAGAAUCAAGGUAAAUUUCAACCGAUAAAGGCGCAUGUCAGCACUCCACGUGCGAUCAAUUCGUCACCCCAGCCAUACAAUACUGUUCAACCGCCUUGGAUGCAGAAUCAAAGUCAACCUCAGGUACAAAGCUUUAAUGAGGCACCAUGGCCAUCCAGACCAAAUGUUAACUACAAGAAAUUUCCAGUUGUACCUCCACCCAACACUCAAAAUGUUUAUCCAUUAAACGACCAAAAUGAAAUAGACUACCAAAAGGCACAGUAUAAAUGUGAUCCAUAUAAUGUUAGAGAAGCUAAGCCGCGUCAGUCUUGGACUAUUACUAAUGUACCAGAUUUCAGAGCAUUGGAAAGCAUGUGUCACUCAGAUCAGCGUGAAUUAUAUAACCAAUUGAGGCAUAAAAUGGACGCUGAGCUUGGAAAAGCACCUGGACAACCACUUUUUGGAGCUAUGCCUUGCGAUUUAAUGCAACGUAGGGAUAUGGAAUUAAAAGCAAAAAUGAUUCCUUUGAGUCAUGUUGAGAAAACUUUAAUACCAAGUAUGGCCACAGUAGCUGAUAUUAAAAACUACGUCCAAAAAAACAAUAGUUGCGGUGAUACUAAAGAAGACUCGGAUUUUUUUGCGGCGUGGGGUCAGAUGGUACAAAAAGAAUCUAACGACUUUUUAACUCAUCACACUCACAACAUUCAAAUCCCAUCAAAUGUUGUGACGCUCUCGAGCAAUAUCUCUGGCCCCGUACAAUUUAUAGACAAUGAAAAUGAUGAGUUCCAUGAGAUGUCAAAAGUAUAUAUGAAACCUGGAAGCUACAAAGUGCCUAUAAAGCCAGCUGAUCCGUUAUCACCGUUUGCGCCCAGCGGAUCUCCAGAAAUGGUCUUCGAUAACCAGGACGAUGUGAAUUCCUUAAAAAUAAAUAGUUCAUAUUCUUCUGUUACGUUGGCACCACAACCAAAAUAUAACUUCGAAUCUUGGCCGUGCUUAAUAUCGCGACGCGCUGAAGAAGUGUUUAGUGAAGAACAAAAACUGAGAAAUAUGCUACCUUCAUUAGAGAUGAGAAACGUUGAUUGUCUAGAUAUUCUUAGUACAAUGACGUCGGAUCGCGCCUGGGAGGCAGCAAAGCAGUCAGCGCCAAAACUGAUGGAUUUUCUUCAUGAAGGCUGUAAGUCAGAUACGGCUCGGCUCUAUGGUGCUCUGGGAUUGUGUAGUAUUGGCGAAUACGCAAGUGAAUCUAAAGAAAUGCAAUCAAACUUAGACAGAAGCGAAGUAUGGCCGACGAGUUCAACUCUACAACAAUAUAUGAAAUUAGCAUCCCCGUUAUGGGAUCAAAACACUAAUAAACCAGAUUUAAAUUGUAGCUUUUUUAACGAGGAUAUCUCUAAAUUAUGUGACUCUGAACAAAAAUCAAUUGAAACGGAAGAAAAUAUUGAUCUUAAUGUCGAGAAAAUCGAUGGUUUUAAUGAGAUGAAACGUCCUAACUUUGACCAAACUGGAAAUUACGUUAAAGAUGAGAGCCAGAAAAGAACUGCUACUAAAACAAAAGUGGCGGUUUCUGGAAUGUGGUAUCAUCCAAAAAAGAAAAAAACAUUACCACCAAACACUGUGAAAAAGUUUGAAAUUAUAUUAGCAAAAUUAUCGACACUAAAUGAGGCUAAAUUCAUUCAACAUGACAUGGACAUAAAAACGGCGCCUCGCUUUUACGAAAUCGUAAAAUACCCGAUGUGUCUACAUGACAUCCUGACUAAGUUGAAGAAUUCAUCGUAUACAGAAUUAGACCAAGUUAUACAAGAUUUUAGACGAAUUUUCAAUAAUGUUAAGCUAUAUCUUAAGAGCUAUCCAGAUAGCACAAUGAAGAAAAGUAUCUCCAAAGUCGCGUUGGAAUUCGAAAACUUGCUUAAUGAAGAGUUUCCUAUUAAAAUGGAAACGAGGAAACAGGACGACCAACACGAUAGUAAUAGAAAAUGUGACAAAGAGAGUAACUAA